AUGUCAAUAAUUUCAAUUGAAGAUUUAUCUAAUGAAUUUUUUUAUGAAAUAUUCGAAUAUCUUGAUAGUUGUGAAAUAUAUCAAGCAUUUUACAAUCUAAAUAAUCGGUUUCAACAACUUCUUAAUUCUUCAUCUCUUCUAUUUAAAAUAAAACUUCAUUAUACAGAAUCAAACGAAAUAAUGAUGAACAACUAUAAACAAAUUUUUCUUCACAAUAAAAAUCAAAUAUAUUCAGUUCAUCUAUGGAUAUCGACAGAUGAUAAUCACAUUAUUUCAUCGUUUACGAUUGAUUCAUCAUUUAUUCGUCUUGAAUCUCUUGUUUUUAGUCCUAUUGAACCAGAUUUACUUAUUUCACUUCUUCCGAAAUUAACUCAUCUACCUCAUCUUUUCUCAUUAACAAUCGAUACGUGGUAUGCUCUAAAAGAUCUCGGCAAUAUUUAUCAAUUAAUUUUCAAUCUUCCGAAAUUGAAAUAUGUCAAAUACACAGCAACAGAAUCCGAUGAUUUCGACGUAACUGUCUCACUGCCAAUUGCUGCUAAUGACCAACAAGUCAGUACUAUCGAAUAUCUUAUUAUUGAUCAUCCUUGUGCUUACGACGAACUUUAUAAUAUAAUAUCUUAUACACCACAACUUCGUCGUCUGAAGUUUUUGAAUCUAAGUGAAAGUAAUGUAAGCAUUGAAGUUAUUAAGCCAAUGACAUUAUGGAAUUUGACAUAUCUUUCUAUCCAUAAUUAUCGAAUGACAUUUGAUGAAUUUGAAAUAUUUAUUAAAAAAUUCUAUUCUUCGAAAUUAAAGAUUCUAUCAUUUAAUACUAUAGUUGAAGAUAUUGCUUAUCUUGAUGCUAAUCGAUGGGAAGAAUUUAUUUUACAAAAUUUGCCAAAAUUAGAAGAAUUUUAUUUUAAAUAUAAUGCAUAUUUUGAAGAUGAUUAUGAAACUCCAAUGUACUUUGGAAAGCGUGAUCAAUUCAUUUCUCCAUUUUGGAUUGAACGACGAUGGAUCCUACAAGCUGAAAUUGAAUUUGAUAAUUUGAUAUAUUCAAUUCGUCCAUAUAAAAAAAGAUGGUAUGAAUAUAAUACACAACAUAAGAUAAUUAAUUCUUCUGAUCAAUUGUCUAAAUUCAUACGACUUAUUUUAGUUAGUGCAUCUUCUGAACGAUGGUCUACAUCAUUAAUCCUAAAUAAAUAUAUUAAUCAUGCUUUAACUGUAAUACAUAUUCAUCAUAUAGAAAUUCAGGAACAUUUUUAUAUUGGUACAUUAAGAGAAAUUUUAUAUUUAUUACCUGA